AUGUCUUCGUCCUCACACGAGCGAAGCUCGACUCGCGAUCUUAAGGUCCAGCUAUCGCCUGGCUCGUCUCCAUCAGUCCUUAAAGUGACCAUCGAGAAUCAGAGUCAAACACAAGCCUUUUCGCUUUUCACUUGGGACACCCCUCUGGAUGAACAAGCCUUGAACAUCGGGGCUCUGACGCUUGAGGAUGCCAAGACUGGCAAGGCAGUACCAGGGCCGCAGAUGAAGGUCAACAGAAAGCUUCCUCCUCCCCGCGAUACAGUGCUGGAAGUUGCUCCUCAGUCUACCGCUAGCAGAGAAGUCCAUCUCGCGUUUCCAUGGAUCCCAAAGGAUGGCAAAGUCUAUCGUGUUCAGGUGCAAGGAUCGUGGAAGGCCGUGUGGGCGAAACCAGCAUCUCAGGUUACAGACGAAGAGUUAUCGGAGAUGGCUGGUGAUAGUCAGCUCGAGGAGAAGAUCCGUGCUGAAAGUGUGGAGUUGCAACUUGGAUGA